AUGCCUACCAACUUUGAUAACACAUUUGGAAAGAUUGGUCUUCGACUAAAUGUCACAAAAACGAUCUUCAUGAAGAGCGGGUUGGGUUCGCAUGCCAUAUUUGCACUCAACGCAAUGAGUAUUCCUGAACGAUCCACCUACGUCUAUCUACGUCGAGAAAUCGAUAUAAUGAGCGAUAUAGCACCAGGGAUGAGUAGGAAAAAACAAGCAGCUUGCGGAACUUUCAUGAGCAUCAAGGAUAUAGCGAAAAGAACAAGGAACACCCAACCCUGUGCUCAUCUUUUCGACGCCACAAUUCCACCUGAUUUAAGGUGUUCAUCGGAAACAUAG